AUGCCUCUUUACGAUGUUGAAUAUGUAACUCCGCUUACGUCGGAGCAGCAAGAACAGCUAGCUGUUGCCUUCACCGAUUUGCACUCAAAGCGUUUCAACACUCCCCGUUUCUUUAUCAACGUCCGGUAUACGGAUGUGAGCAACCAAGUAGUAUUCCGAGGAGGUGUCCGGCGAAAGUAUAAUCGCGUGAUCAUCAGAACACGAGCAGGGAGCAAUCGUACGAAUGAAACAUACCUAGACCAUUGCAAGCAAAUUACAGCCGAAUGGGAGAGAAUUGUAGGAAAGGAAGGUGAAAAGGGACUACGAACAGUUUGGGUGAUGGGCGCACUGACAACGGCCUUGGAAGCCGGAAUCGGACGGCCAAAAACUGGAGAAGAAGACCAGUGGGUACAGGACAACAUACCGCACUUUAAAGCUUUGGCCGCAGCUGGUGACGAAGAUUUCAUUGAGAUCAUGCGGGAGCUGGAAGGAAAGUAG